AUGGACUCAUCUCAACCUAAAUUAUCUCAUUGUUUCUUCCAGUAUUUUUUCGACGACAAAGUGCCUAAUGGUUAUCAGCCAAUCCUUCAAGUUUUGCAAAUUCGUCCACUUCAAGGACAGAACCAGUUAAGGGCUAGACUUUCUGACGGAAUUUUUGCUUAUGCUGGUUGUGUUGUUACAAAUCUUAUUUCGGCAAGAUUUCAAGCUGAUCAGCUCUCUACAAAUAAUGGAAUUAUUCAAGUUACAAAGUGGAAGAGAACUUUUACAUCAGGCAAGAUUGUCUUCAACAUGCUCGAUUACAAUUUAAUCUCUUUGGAAUUUCCUGUCAUCGGUAAUCCUCAAGCACAUUCUGGCAAUCCUGAAGAAUAUCGAAAUUAUAUGCAGAACCAAUCCGAUUUCUUACAACACACGCCAACAAAAACUGAACCAGAAAACGCAUGGGGAACAUCUUCAGCAAAAAGAGGACGUAAUAACUCUUCUCCAGAGCGUCAGCCUUUGACUAAACGUCAACCAAAUGCUUCUGCUAUGCCUGGGAUUGUUCCAAUUGGAUUAAUUACUCCGUACUGCAACAAAUGGCGAAUUUGUGGAAUUGUUAGUUCAAAAGAUCCUCAAAUUAAAGAAUUUACCAACGCUAAAGGAAAAUUUCGAGUUUUUGGUUUUGUUUUAACUGAUCAAAGUUCGAGUUCAAUUCGAAUUUCUGCUUUUUCUGAGGUUGCUGAUAAAUAUUUUCCAAUGUUGGAAAAUGGACAGGCUUAUUAUGUUAGUGGUGGUGCUCGUGCUGGCUCUGUUAAGGCAGCAAAUAAGCAAUUCAACAACACUGGGCAUGAUUAUGAAAUUGUUUUAGAUCGGGAUUCUGAGAUUGUUUACUGUAAUGAUAAAUUUGAGCCUCCAAAACUUCGUUUGAAGCCCGUCCAUUUGGUUAACAUUCCACAACAUGCUAAUGAAUGUGUUGAUGUUCAAGCAGUUGUUGAACGUGUAGGUGAACCUACUCAAGUUAUGAGCCGAAAAGAUCAGCGCCUUUUGGAUAAACGAGAAGUUUUUUUGGUUGAUAAAUCUGGAACAGAAAUUUGCCUUACUCUUUGGAAUGAAAUGGUUCAAAGUUUUGAAGUUGAGCCUGGGAAAGUUAUUGGAAUCAAGGGUGCUGUUGUAAGAGAAUUUAACGGUGGCUUUUCACUUUCGAAUACUACAGGAACUCAAAUAAUUGAAGACCCUGAGGGCGAUUUUACCCGACAACUCUAUCAAUGGUAUCGUGAUCAGAAGCCUUUGCAGGAAAUCAAAUCUUUAACUAUUAAAACUGAUUUUGCUACAGUUAUUGAGCGUGAUCUUCGUUUGAUUGGACCUCUUUUGCAACACGGAAUUGACCGAGACAGUGAAAAAGGACAAUAUCUUUAUAUUAAAGGGAUGGUGAAUGCUGUAAAGACUGAACAAGCUAUUUAUCAGGCCUGUCCAGUAAAAGGAUGCCGUAAAAAAUUGCAAAUGGAAGGUAAUCAAUAUCGAUGUGAAAAAUGCAAUCAAACAUUUGAUAACUACUCAAAUAUUCUUAUGCUUCAACUUGAAGUUGCUGACUUUACUGGGACUGUUUGGAUGACUAUGUUUGAUGAAUUGGCUACAUCUUUACUUGAGACGUCCGCUGAUGAAUUGGCUCAAUUACAGAGAGAUGAUCAUUAUCGUUUUGAUGCAAUUUUCAACAAGAUACGAUUUCAUGAUUUUGUGUUUCGUAUUCGUGCAAAAUAUGAGAUUUAUAAUUUAAGUUUUUUUAUAAUUUAA